AUGCCCUAUAUUGAAGAGUCGUCGGCUGCCGGGAGGAAAACAUGGGACAUCUUUUCUAAGCUCUUGCAAGAACGAAUCAUCUGCCUCAAUGGCGAAGUCAACGAUUACAUGUCCGCUUCGAUUGUUUCACAGCUUCUUUGGCUCGAGUCCGAUACCCCCGAAAAGCCGAUCACGAUGUAUAUCAAUUCUCCUGGUGGCUCUGUCACUUCAGGCAUGGCUAUCUACGAUACCAUGACAUACAUUAAGUCGCCAGUCUCUACGGUAUGCAUAGGUGGCGCCGCGUCGAUGGCAGCUAUCCUCCUUGCAGGAGGUGAAGCUGGCAAGCGAUUUUCGCUCCCUCACAGCUCAAUUAUGAUUCAUCAACCUCUCGGUGGCACUCGUGGUCAAGCAUCGGAUAUCAUGAUCUACGCAAACCAGAUCCAAAAGACACGAGAGCAGUCCAACAAAAUCAUGCAAUAUCAUCUCAACAAAGCCAAGGGUCACGACAAGUACACGCUAGAGGAGAUUAAUGAUUUGAUGGAGCGAGACAAGUACUUGACGCCGGAAGAAGCCCUUGAUUUGGGGGUCAUUGACGAGAUUCUAACUAAGAGAACUGAACCGGACUCAGAGAAGAAGGAGGGGCAGUCCGAUGCGCCCAAGACGGACUAG